ACAAACAAGUAAGUUAAGAGAAAAGAAGAAGAAGUAGUAGUAAUGGCUUCCUCUAUGCUUUCCUCCGCUGCUGUUGUUACCUCACCCGCUCAAGCCACCAUGGUCGCUCCAUUCACCGGCUUGAAGUCAUCCGCUGCAUUCCCAGUCACCCGCAAAGCAAACAACGACAUUACUUCCAUUGCAAGCAACGGAGGAAGAGUUAGCUGCAUGAAGGUGUGGCCGCCAAUUGGAAAGAAGAAGUUUGAGACCCUCUCUUACCUUCCUGACCUUUCCGAUGUUGAGUUGGCUAAGGAAGUCGACUACCUUCUCCGCAACAAGUGGAUUCCUUGUGUUGAAUUCGAGUUGGAGCACGGAUUUGUGUACCGUGAGCACGGAAGCACACCCGGAUACUAUGAUGGACGGUACUGGACAAUGUGGAAACUUCCCUUGUUCGGAUGCACUGACUCUGCUCAAGUGUUGAAGGAAGUCCAAGAAUGCAAAAAAGAGUACCCUAACGCCUUCAUCAGGAUCAUCGGAUUUGACAACAACCGUCAGGUUCAGUGCAUCAGUUUCAUCGCCUACAAACCACCAAGCUUCACCGAUGCUUAAUUUGCUAUGUCAUUCACAUAAUAAUAAUCCCUGCUCAUUUCAUUUCCAAUUCUGUUUUCGUUCCCCUUUGGAUUUCUGUUUCUCAGACAUUCUAUAUCGGAUUGUCAAAUGUCUGAUUGUGAACAUGUAAUUUCUAUAUUGCUUCUUCGUCUUGGUUA